AGAAAUGAUUCCGUUAAUUGAUUGUGCUGCUAUUGCCGAAGGGGAUUUCGAAGAGGUCAGCUUUGAGAAUUACAAUGAAAUUGCUAAAGAAAUCGGAAGAGCAAUGACCGGUAUUGGCAUGUGUAACCUGAUAAAUGUUGGUGUGUCCAUGGAAAAGAUUGAAAAAGUGCACGAAGUAUCGAAAAAGUUCUUUGAAUUACCGGUUGAAACUAAACUGAAAUAUAGGAAAGUCUCUCCGAAGAAAUCGUUCCACGGAUAUUCAGCUCCCGGUGACGAAUUUCUGAAUGAAGAUGCGAAAAACUCUACCGAGUUAAGAGAAUUCUGGGACAUUUGGGGUCCAGAGGCUUACGAUGAGAAAAUGUACCCGGACGACGAUGUGCCAGGUUUUAAGCAAGCUAUUGACGAUGUGAGAAGUGAAUUGGAAAAAGCUGGUAAGAAAAUUUUCCGAUGCAUAGAGAUAUGCUUGGAGCUGGAGGAAGGAACAUUCACUUCAACGCACCGAAAUCUUGGUGACCACUCCAUCAGCACCCAUUCGCAACUACGCUCACUAUAUUACUACAAAUUAAAUCCGAAUGCCAAUUUUCCACCGAAUGCCAUACGAUGUGGAGAACACAAAGAUUGGGGAUCGAUAACCUUCCUCAUUCAGGAUAUGGUUGGAGGACUAGAGGUGAAAACGUCGGAAGGCGAAUGGAUUUCAGCUGUUCCAGUCAAAAAUGCAAUUCUCUUAAACAGUGGGCAGUUAAUGGAGUACUGGACUGGUGGACAUUUUCAUGCUGCGCCACAUCGGGUACGAAUAAUAACAGAGGGAAAAGAGGCGAAAGAUCCUCGACAGAGUUUAGUAUUCUUCAUCAAUCCCGAUGGUGAUACGGACGUUUUUCCGAUAAUUCCGGUUUUACCGGAAAAGGAAAUUCAAUUCCAGAAGUUUAACAACCAACCGGUUAAUGCAUACAAACAUUACCAGGAGCGUAUUGAAAACGCUACACUUUAUUGAGUGACGACGAUCAAUACAGCAACUUAUAACGGAUACGAAUUUCUAUCACUUCCCUUAGCCAUACACGUAGCAAUUAGUACACAUGAGUUGUUUCUGAAAUAUUUACCCCAUCUUUUAAUAAAGGGUA